AUGCAAAACCCACAACAACACUCUGAAUAUUCUCGUGAGUAUCAUGUGGGCUCUACUUCAAAUGCUUCCAAUUCAAUGGCAGUAUAUCGACAACAAGUGGAGGAAAGUCAUCAUGACUUGGUCAAUUUAUUGACCCAACAAAUGACUACAAUUUUGAAUCCCAUGAUGGCUGAUCAUGAAUCGAGAUUCGAGCGUCUGGCCAAACAAGUUGAAAAGAUUGCUCGAAUCAUCGAUUAUGAUGAAGGUGAGGGGCAUAACGCUCGAGGGAACAAUGAGGGGAUGGAAAAUAUUUUUCAAAAUGAAAAUCAUAUUCCAAAUCGAGAAAAUCCUCGCCUGGUUCAUCAAAAUGAAAAUGCUGAUAAUGUUUUACAGGGAUUACGUGGUGAUCGUUAUCAGGUCACUCGAAUUGUAGAAGAGGUUUUAAAUCGGGUUGGAUUGAAUGUUGGUUUUAUGAAUCAGCCACAUUUUGUAUCUGCAUUUCCCCAAGUAGUUCAAAUGGUUGAAGUGCCAAGAGAGGUGAAAAAUCCAAAAAUAACCACAAAAUUUGCUGGAGAAGUUAGAGAAUCGACAACUGAAUAUGUUGCUCGUUAUUUGGUCAAGAUUGGGAACCUAACCAAUGAUGAAAAUUUGAAAAUGAAAUUUUUUCCUUCGUCAUUGACGAAGAAUGCAUUUACAUGGUUCUCGAAUCUUAGACCAAAUUUGAUUGCAACAUGGAAUUAG